AGGGAGGCCUCUCAUGAACAGCCGCUCCUGGAAGGCCUCUCUGUGUUUUUAGACUCCCAGUGGACCACCUUGCAGAGGAAGAAUCUUGUGAAUAAUGUGCAGGGGCUUUCAAGGGACAUGAUUGCCUUCAACAAUGUAUACAGUGAGCACAGCAAGAUGCAGACUUCUGCAAAGAUGUGCAUUCAGAUGCUGAGCAGCGGAACAAAAGAAGCACAGAGGAUUCCUCUUCCUUCUGGAAAGCUGAAUAAAGCAAUGAGACAGAUACUGGACAGGGCUGCGUUAGGGCAAGAGGGCGCACAGUUUUCUCUCUGGGCAUCUGUUCCAGGCCAGGGUGCAGAGAGGAAUCUCUCCGUUUGCUGAUAAAACCCUAAAGGACGUAUUAACCGAUACCAGAAGCGGUCCCGGGAAACAGCCCUCAAAGACGGAUCACAAUCAAAUAGCCAGAGAGCUUCACUAGAAAGAAGCUCCGAUAAUCACUUAAAUUAUUUAUGAAAAUAACAAGUGAGGAAUGUAUUUCUUAGCUGCAGGGCCAGUGUUGCUGAAAAAUGACCGAUGCAGUUUAAUUGUGUGGGCUGCAUAAUCACAACCUAAGCUGGAUCCACAGCCUUGCCCAUGUCCCGUGUCAAAACCAGGACAUGGGGUUGGAAAUGGUGAGCACCUGAAACUUGAUAUGGGGGAUAUCAGUGUGGACUCUGAAGAAAUGGGAGCCUCCCUUGCUAGAGGAAGCUUGCCUGGCGUGUUUUUACCAAAGACCCUGCAAUAAGGGCCUGUAGGCAGCUGCCUGACAAGGAUGCUUUGCUCCCGAGACUCAUUCCCUGUGACCCCAAGAGUCUCAACAGGCAUUGGACAUGCAUGAACAGAGCGAAUCUGGAAUAUGAAGUUGCAUUUAUUGAUCCACGUCCUCUGAUCAGAGAUUCUGGACUCGGGGCCAGACUCAUGUAGCAGGAGGUGGCGCUGCAGUUAAUUCUUGGCUAGCACCUAGCGGUAGGAUAACCUCUGUGUAGUAAUCUGGAGGUGCCAGGACUUCCUGUAUGUGUUGCAGAGGAAACAAUGAAAAGGCUUAGGGGGAUGUUGGAAGAGAUUUGUUAUAACAACCUGCAUGCCUGCCCAGUGGGCUCAGGGGAUGUUCCUGUCAUCAUGACACUGAGAAAGUCACGUGUCGGUACCACGCCUGGGAAUCAACCCAACCGCAUCUAAGGCAGCAUAUUACAGAGACACCUACAGGUCUGUCAUAGCACUAGUCACAACUGUCAAGCUAUGGAAUCAGCAUCAGUGCCCAAGAACAGAUACAUGGUUCAAGAAAAUGUGGUUUCUGAGUUCUGUGCAUGCUUCCAGAAGAGAACAGUCAUCGUCAACCUUGCUCAGCUGUGACUCCUUCCAGUUUCUGCAAUCAACACCUUGUGAAAGCGCCACCACGUGGAGACAUCCAGAAUGACUGUUUCUCAAUGCUAGUUUCCUGUGAUAAAAGAGCCAGAGUUGAUCAGGAGAGAUGCCCAGAGCUGUGAGUCUUCUGUCAAUAAUGAGUCUGGGUCUACAGAUCACACUGGGGAGAAUAUGAGCUCAUGGGAAGCCAUCAUAACCAAGAUCCCAAGAAGCCAAGAAGCCCCAGGACAGCAGCAUCCACUUGCCCGCCACGCACAGUAGCCCUUCUUCAGCAAGAUGCUUGCUGCCAGUGCGAGGACCAUGCAGUUAAAUGUCACCUGUGACAACUCAGUGGACCGAGAGGCCUUCCUCCAUUACUCCCUCAUCCCAUCCCUCUUCAUCAUUUUGGUCUUAUCUUUCCUCCAAAGACGAGAGCAUCAGAGACAAAGGGAUGACACCUCCUACCUCCUGGGGAACCACUUUGGAAUCAUCGUGCCUCUGGACUUCGUGGGGACUUUUAGUAACCGGUGGUCCUAUGGAGCUGCCUUUGGAGCCACAGCCAAUAAGGUCAUGUUCUUGUUCUCAGAAGGCUACCAACCCCUGAAGGUUCCGCAGUGGGCCCAAGCCUUUGUGCUUCUCAUCGGGGGCAUGGAAGUCGGCCUCUCCUACUUCCCCUUCUUUGCCUGCCUGUCCUCAGAGUUCCAGCUGGUCAGCUCCAUCCUGGGUUUCGGCUACUCCCUGACCUGGCUUGUGGUUACUAUUCUUCAGAUCUCACAGUGUCCCCAUGGGCAGUUUCUGGGGAGGUUCGAGAGUGUCACUUUCUACUGGCCCUCACUGUUGUGCCUGGGUUUCCUGCUGGGUCGUUUCCUGCACAUGUUCCUUAAGGCUCUGCCUAUCCACCUGGGCCUUGAGCCGCAGACAGAAGAAAAGUCGAUGCUGGAGGCCCACCAGGCAGAGCAUGUGAAGCAGCUCUUGAGCAAGCCCCGCCCACAAGAAGGAGAAAAGUCUUGGUUUCAAACCAGGGUGUAUGAGUGGGACCCCUGCUUCCAGUUCCCCAGCAGGAUGAUCGGGACCCUGGUGCUGGCGUUCAUCUGCCUCUACCUUUUCAUUGUCAUUGAGUUUUGUGUGUUUCUACACGUGAAAGACAAGAUGGACAUGUUUGAAGAGAAGCUGCAGAGCUACCACACCCACAUGAACGAGACGGGAACCUUGACCCCAGUCAUAGAACAGGUGAAAGAACUGAUCAUCAUCACUAAAGGUGUGUGGGUGGUGACCAUUUUGCCUGCCUCCCUCACGUGUGUCACUUAUCUCUUCCACAUUUUGGCCUGUUACAGAAAGCACAUGAAGAGGCUGUGGGCUGGAGACAAACACUUCCUCCCUCAGAAGUUCCACAGUCCCUCUUCAGCAGCGAGUGUGGUGGCCAUUGCAAGGUACUCGGGCUGGCAAAUAGCCUACAUCCUCUGGGGCUACCUCAUCAUCCAUGUGGUACAGAGCCUCUGUGGGAUGAUGCUCAUGUACGGCCUGGUGCUGCCCAUCAUCCACCACCGAGGUCUGGAGAUGCUGCAAGGACUUGGCCUUGGGGUCCUCACCCUAUCCGUAGUCGUGGGCCUUAUAAUCCUACAAGUGUGGAUUGCUGGCACAUUCUUCCUGCAGCCCAAGCUGGGCACAGCCGACAAGCAGAAGCCCCUGGCUCUCAACAACAGGAGAGCCUUCCACAACUUCAACUACUUCCUGUUUUUCUACAAUGUGCUGCUGGGCCUGGGUGCCUGCCUCUCCAGGCUGCUCAUCAGCUGCCUCCUGGGCACAUGGCUGAUUGCGCGCAUCGACAGGACCAUCAUGCAGAGCGGCUAUGAGGGUGCAGACAUGGGCUUCGGUGCAUGGAUCGGUAUGCUCUUUGUGGACCAUUACCACACCAACCCUGUGUUGGUCAGCUUUUGCCACAUUCUGAUCACAAGCCACAAGGAUGGGAAGUUGCAGAAAACUGUGAAGUACCUCAACCAGUCAGCAGGUCCCCGAUUCUCAGCCAGAGCCAGAACGAGGUGGUUCCUGCUGCAGACGCUGAUCAACAAUCCUGGGCUUGUCAUGCUUAGAAAAUCAAAAUCAGGUCAGAGUUCUGGAGAGUUCACACAGAUUCUGCCGACCUGCUCUGAUUGCUGAUGGGGCCACCAAUUCUGCUCCAAAGCCAGCCAUCCCCUCUUAGGAGGGCCUCAGCAUAACUAGCAGCCAGCCAUUCCCUACAGUGAGAUAGGAUGACAUGAGCACUGUCCUUGCACAUGAUAGACAGCACUGAUCACUUGUGGGAUGGCCAUAUAGACCUAUAGUUUAAGCCAAGAACAAUCUCAA